ACCUUCGUCAACACUGAAUUCAAUCACAAACGCCUACUCAACUCAAGAGGCCCUGAUUCUCUCAAGGGCUUACCUGACUUCCAAUUCCAUACUAUCCCGGAUGGUCUCCCACCUUCUGAUAUAGAUGCCAACCAAGAUGUCCCAGCCCUCUCUCAGUCUACAAGCACCAAUUGCUUAGAUCCUUUCCGCAAGCUUCUCUCCAAACUCAACACCACAGCCGACAUCCCUCUAGUGACUUGCAUAGUCUCUGAUGGUAUCAUGAGCUUCACCCUUCAAGCUGCGCAGGAUAUUGGAGUCCCUGAAAUAUUGUUCUAUCCGUCGAGCGCAUGUGGCUUCUUGGCCCUCAUGCACUAUCUCCAUCUCAUGGAAAGAGGCCUUACACCUCUCAAAGAUAAUGUGAGCUACUUGGAAAAUGGGUAUUUAGAUACCCCCAUUGAUUGGAUCCCUGGAAUGAAAGACAUCCGUUUGAGAGAUAUCCCUACCUUCAUUCGAACCACAGAUCCAAACGAUAUCUUGUUCAACUUUUUCGAGGGUGAAGCGGCUAGAGCUCAUAAAGCUGCGGCUCUCAUUUUAAAUACCUUCGAUUCCCUGGAGCAGGAAGUUUUGAAUGCUCUCACUGUAAUGUUGCCUCGCGUUUACAGCAUUGGUCCCCUCCAGCUUCUGCUGAACCAGAUUCAAGAUGACGGUUUGGAUUCGAUCGGGUAUAAUUUGUGGAGAGAAGAACCGGAGUGUCUUGAUUGGCUCAAUACCAAAGAACCCGGUUCUGUUGUUUACGUGAACUUUGGGAGCCUCACGGUAAUGACGCCUCAGCAAAUAGUGGAGCUCGCAUGGGGUCUCGCUAAUAGCGAGCAGAACCUUUUGUGGAUCAUAAGACCUGGUCUGAUGGCGGGAGACUCGGCCCUACCUUCCAAUGAGCUGAGACCCCAAGCUUGA